UUGUAUAAUAUUUAAACAUUUAAAACACUGGCAACGUUAAUAAAAAUACAGUUUUCCUCAAACAUGUUCGGCGCGAUUCGCGCACAGAUCUAAUUCUGUCCUGUCAUGGAAACCAGGAUAAGAUGCCGAAAUUUGACUAAUAUUAUUACUGUGGCAGGUUUCAGAGCUGCAAAAACUUUAAAUGCCAGCAUGUGUCAAUAGUUAGAACCAGGUUUAACCUGUUUUUGCCAAGCUCAAACUUUUCUUCCUCUACAAUAUACUAUAGUUAAAGAUUUCAAACAUUGUGAGCAAAAUAACAGAUGAAGAGUAAGCUGGCGGGUUGAAUAUGGUACAGAUUGUUGACCUAAGAAAAAUACCGCUUGAAAAGUAAACAGAAUGCAGUUCUUAUGUUUCCCGUAUGGAACUAAUAUACAAUGUUGGUGUGAUAAUACCGGCACUAUCAAGAGAUGUGUUCCUGUACUCUUAAAUCUAGGAAUUAUACAGUAUCAGGAAGAAAAUGAACAAUCAGCGAGCCUAAGAGAGGAUUUGAGUUUUUUCAUGAAAGGAGAAAAAACUGAACUUUUCCUUGCACUUCUCUUCCUAGUUCUCGUCUUUCUAAUAUUUAUCAUAUUUGCUUCUCACAAGUGCAGCAGAAUGUUUGCAUCAAGAACUUCUGAGGUUGACCGGCGGAAAUACUUUAAAGCAACUCACUGUCAAACAGACAGCUGUGACCCCCUGACAGAUGGCUGUUAUACCUUACAGGAGACAGCUAGUGAACAGCUAGAUACCUUUAGCGCUCAUUCACAGGCAGUACUAAAACUGCAAGGGGUUCAUAGUGUACAAGGAGUUCAUGGUGUACAUGAUACAUACAAUCUAUAUCCGUCACUACUCAGGAAUGGGCAUAGUGCUAUGGAGACAAUCAGAAUUCCAUUAGAGGAAAGUGAACUAAUGAACACCUGCUCAUCUUUGUGUACAGAAACCAAGGAGGGAGAACAGGGGUUUAGAAGCUUAGAUCUAGAGGAUGAGGACUGGAUCAACAACGAGGACAAGGGAAUAUAUUCUAUAAACUCACAACAACAUAUGAAAUCAACAUAGAGGAUGAAAUCAACAUAGAGGAUGAAAUCAACAUAGAGGAUGAAAUCAACAUAGAGUUUGAAAUCAAACUAGAAUAUCAACGUGAGAUGCAAAAUCAACAAAAACUUAUAUAUUCAACAUGGAGUUUAAAAUCAAGAUAGAAUGAAAUCGAAAUGGAGUAUAUAAUCAUAAUAGAAAACAUGAUUAACGUCAUGUUUAAAAUAAAAAAAGUAUACAAGUAAACACGGAGUAUAGAUCAACAUGGAGUUUCGAUCAACAUGGAGUUUUGAUCAACAUGGAGUAUCGAUCAAUAUGGUGUAAUAAUCAAUGUGAAAUAUCGAUCAACAUGGAUUAUAGAUCAACAU